AUGGUCAAAUUAGCUUCCAAAAAGGCUUUUUCAUCAACGAGCUCUUCGCGUCGCAGCAGCAAUGAUCCUGCCACGGCCAGUGCUCACCAGGAAGAGGACGACCAGGAGGAGCAGCUCUUUCAGGAGGCAGCCUCCAGUACGAGGACAAACAGCAUCGAUGGAAGUCCCGGAUCCCUACCCACUGGGCUGGCCCACUGUGUGAGUGCCACUCCGGUUACGGAUUUCUAUAGCAACGCCACCGUACUCAUUACGGGCGGAACGGGAUUCGUGGGCAAAGUGUUAACAGAGAAAUUGCUACGCUCGUUUGGAUUGCGUAAAAUUUACAUGCUGAUACGCAGCAAGGACAACAUGAGCAUACAGGAGCGUUUGCAGGGCUUUUUCAAUGAAUCGAUAUUCAAUAGAAUGCGCGACGAGUCGCCGCAAUUGUUGGAGAAGGUGCAUCCGAUACGCGCUGAUUACAGUGCCAUCGACCUGGACAUUGAUGCCGCCGACCGAGCAAUGCUCUCGUCUGAGGUCCAGAUUGUCUUUAAUGUGGUGGCAUCGGUGAAGUUCAAUGAGAAGCUCAGCGACGCCAUAGACAUCAACGUCCUUGGCACCAAGAAGAUACUCGAUCUGGCCAUGGAAAUGAAGCAAUUAAAGUCCUUCGUACACAUUUCAACACUAUACUGCAACUGCAAUCGCGAAUUUAUCAAGGAACAAGUGUACGAGAACGAAAUUGGCUACGAAAAAAUCAUGCAGAUCUAUCGCACCUUUGAUGACGAAACCUUGGAGAAGAUGCGACAUUGCCUUAUAGGCCAAAUGCCCAAUACCUACACGAUGACCAAGAAAUGUGCCGAGAAUCUGGUGAAUCAUCGAGCCUUUCACAUGCCGGCUGGCAUCUUCCGGCCGCCCAUAGUAAUGUCAACGUACAAGGAUCCAUUUCCCGGCUGGACUGAUAAUUUGUACGGGCCAUCAGGUUUAUGCACUUGGUCUGCCCGGGGACUCGUCCGUUGCAUUUACGGGAAGGCCAGCUGCAAGGCGAACAUGGUGCCCGCCGAUUAUGUGGUGAAUGCCAUGAUAGCAACCGCCUGGGACAUAUCCCGAAGAUUUAAGCUCCGGGAAUGUCAGAUUGAUGGAAAAUCAGAGCUGCCCGUUUACAACUACGUUUCGGAGGUGAACAACAUAACCUGGGGCGAGUACAUGCGUCUGUCGCGCAAAGGAUUUCACGAGCCCUUCGACAAGGCACUCUGGUGCUUCUCGUACGUUAUAAUACCAUCGAAGCCUCUGCAUUGUGCAAUUGCAUUUUUCUUGCACAAUAUCCCAGCUUAUAUUUUAGAUUUAAUUGCCAUGGUCACCGGACAAAAGCGCAUAUAUGUGAAGGCUUAUGGGAAAAUCUCUCGCAUAAUCGACAUGAUGGCUUGGUUCGGCCUCAAGGAGUGGAAGUUCGCCCAUCGCAACAUUGACGAAUUGAACGAGCUGCUGCCGCGCGAGGAGCGUCGGGUGCUGCAGUUCAACAUUGCCACGAUUAAUUGGAGCGAAUAUUUCCGUUCGUACCUCAGUGGCAUCAGGCGCUACUUCUUCAAGGAUAGCGCUAACGAUAAUAAAUUACAGCAGCGCAAAACUAUUUAUCGCAGGAUGCUCCUCCUGCACACUCUCUUGAAGACGACAUUCGGUCUUUCAUUAAUUAUGUGCAUGCUCAAAGUUUAUCUCAGGAUUUUCAAAAUUAUGCCAAAGAUUGCGCUCUGAUGGCGAACGAGCAUGAUUGUAAAUUAUAAUGAAACGAUU